UGUGCUCUUUUUGGAUCAUCUUGUUUUCACCAUUGCUGCUUCUAUUUGGUUUGCUGUCAUCAGAAGGAGUUCCUUGAGAUUUUCCCCAAAAGGACCCCAUACUCCACCCAUAGGACUGCACUGUAAAGAGGUUUGGGGUUUUUUUUUCUUCAAAACUGUGGUGAAAAAUGAAUGGCCCAGCAGAUCCCUCAAGCUUACUCUUCCAUUGCUCAAAUCAAACAAAUUUCUCUUUGGAGACGUCAGAGCAAUGUGGCAAAGAGACACACCUCGAGAACAUCCUUUUUGCCACUUUCUACUUCCUGGACUUCAUCCUGGCUUUUGUUGGCAAUGCCCUGGCUCUUUGGCUCUUCAUCCGGGACCAAAAGUCAGGCACACCUGCCAACAUUUUCCUGAUGCAUCUUGCUGUGGCUGACCUGUUCUUUGUGCUCGUACUUCCUACCCGGCUGGUGUACCAUUUUUCUGGUAAUCAUUGGCCAUUUGGUGAGAUGCCAUGCAGACUCACUGGCUUCCUUUUUUACCUCAACAUGUAUGCCAGUAUCUACUUCCUCAUGUGUAUCAGCGUUGACCGUUUCCUAGCCAUUGUGCACCCUGUGAAGUCCAUCAAGCUCCGCAGGUCCCUUUAUGCCCAUUUGGCAUGUGCUUUUCUGUGGGUUACAGUUGGGGUUGCAAUGGCACCUCUGCUGCUUAGUGUGCAGACAGUCGAGAUGAAAAACACAACCGUCUGCCUGCAGCUCUACAGAGAAAAGGCAUCACGUCAUGCCCUUGCGUCCUUAGCAGUGGCAUUCACUUUCCCAUUUGUUACUACAGUAACUUGCUACUUAUUAAUCAUCCAAAGCCUAAAGAGUGGGAACAGAGUUGAGAAACACCUGAAGGAAAAAGCUAUCAAAAUGAUCAUCAUGGUCCUGAUGAUCUUUCUGAUUUGCUUUGUACCUUAUCAUGUCAAUCGCUACAUUUAUAUUCUCCAUUACAAUGGGACCCAAGCUUCCUGCGAAACACAGCGUAUUCUAGCCCUCAGUAACCGCAUCACUUCCUGCCUCACGAGUCUAAAUGGUGCCUUUGACCCAGUCAUGUAUUUUUUUGUAGCUGAGAAAUUCCGUGAGGCUUUGUGCAAUCUGUUCUGUGUUAAAAAGACUGUAAUGUUGCCUCAGACAUAUGAGGGUAAGACAAAUGAAAGCUCACUAAGUGCUAAAUCUGAACUGUGAACAUGACUCUUGUCACUGCUUCAACUUAAGAAUAUUCUAUUCUACCAAGAUCAGCUGAGAGCACAAAUAUGCAGCAAGAUAGUCCACCCAGAGCCAAACUUAUCCUGAGGAGGGAAGUUAUGUUGUUUUUAUGGGGCUGCAAUUAGCAAGAAUCCCUCUAACAACAGAGAUCAUAUGUACUUGUCUCUUACUGAUACUGCAAACAGAACUACAGUUCUUCUGAUUUCCAAGAUGUGAAACAAGGCUGAACACUUAGGAAUAGGGAAGGGAGCAAAGAGGCUAUUAAACAGACGUUUUUUUUAAAGAAAAAAAAAGAACUUAAUUCCCAAAGCAUUCAGUAAUGAGUCUUCCUCUGCACAAUGCAUACAGCCUACAUUAAAAUUUUAUAUUGUGCCAGCAGUAGAGAUCGACUCCUGAGAUAGACCUGCCUGAUGAAAAGACAGCAUGCUUGCAUAUGUUGUUCAAGUCUCUGAAUUCUAAGCGUUUAUACAUAGUAGACAGAAAAUUGGUACUAAAUGGUAGCAAGAAAAAAAGACCAAAAUGCUGCAAUGCACCCAACCUGGACUGGAAUUAAGAUAGGACUUACAAUUUUUUUACUUCUUCCCAGAAUUCAGAGCCAGAAAUGAGCACUAAACUUCACACUACCUUUUCUAUCUGCCCUCUGCCAUUGUCUCAAAGCUGCAGACAGAGGUUGGACAAUAUUUAGUACACUGCCUCUUUUACGUAGUUCCCUGCAAAACAUCAGAUAUCCUGAUAACCCUCAAACUAAAGAAUGGAAACCAGCUUCUUAGGAAUACAGCAUUCAUCUUUACUACAUACAGAAUCUUAAAAAUAAGAACCCAAAUUGCAAAACUGAAGAAAAGCAAGCAUAUGAAGAAGUGAAGUUUACUUUGUCCAGAAGAGAUUCCUAUCUUUGAGGUGUUUUGCAAUUAUUUUUUGUGACUUAUCCAGCAAGACUAUUCCUUCACUAUGGAUAAAGUAAGGAUUAUCUUAACUAUCCUCACUGAUACAAAUUCCAUCCAGUGGAAUAUGUCUGGAAAUGACAGGCAGACUAGGGAAGACCAAGUACAACAAGAAGCGGGAAAAAGAACCCAAGAGUUUCCAAUAAUAUUUACUAGAAGACUGCUUCUAUGCUAUGGAGAUAAAUAUUAUAGGAAACCACGUGACAGGUAAAUUUUAUUUUUU